GCUCACCUUGUUUACUGUAUGUGUGGAUCUUAUCCAGCUGUUUACGGUCGGUUUUAAACCCGAGGUAAAAGCUGCAACCCCUCUGCGCAUGCGCGCGUCUCUCAUCUCUUCUUCACGAGCUGGUCACGUUCCCUGUGGACCAAUCAGAGCCCGCGGGCCCGCGGUAUAAAUGCUGCUGGGAGGCUGAGAGGCCCGCAGGAAUGAGCGCAGACACCAAACAGCAGUCGGAGCGCACAUCCAGAGACUCCUUUCCUCUCUCCAGGUUUUUCUACACCUAACACAAGGUUCUGGGGGUGAAGAAGAUGGCCACCUCAACAAGCUCCAAGCUGAACAAAGCUGUGAAGCAGCAGUACAUGGACCUCCCUCAGGGGGACAAGGUCCAGGCCAUGUACAUCUGGAUAGACGGGACUGGAGAGGGACUCCGGUGCAAGACUAGAACUUUGAAUUGUGAACCCAAGUCAGUAGAAGACCUCCCAGAGUGGAACUUCGACGGCUCCAGCACGUACCAGUCCGAGGGCUCCAACAGCGACAUGUUCCUGAUCCCUGCAGCCAUGUUCAGGGACCCCUUCAGAAGGGACCCCAACAAACUGGUGCUCUGCGAGGUGCUGAAGUACAACCGUAAACCUUCAGAGACGAACCUGAGAUACAGCUGUAAGCAGAUCAUGAGGAUGGUGGAGAACCACCACCCGUGGUUUGGGAUGGAGCAGGAGUACACCAUCCUGGGCACAGAUGGACAUCCCUUCGGCUGGCCCUCCAACGGGUUCCCAGGUCCACAAGGACCUUAUUACUGCGGCGUGGGAGCAGAUAAGGCGUACGGACGAGACGUGGUGGAGUCACACUACAGGGCCUGCAUGUACGCUGGGGUCCAGAUCUGUGGAACGAAUGCUGAGGUCAUGCCAGCACAGUGGGAGUUCCAGGUGGGACCCUGCGAAGGCAUCAACAUGGGGGACCAUCUAUGGAUCGCUCGCUUCAUUCUGCACCGGGUAUGUGAGGAUUUCGGCGUGGUCGUGUCGUUUGACCCCAAGCCCAUCUCGGGGAACUGGAACGGUGCCGGCUGCCACACCAACUUCAGCACAAAAGAAAUGCGUGAAGACGGAGGGUUGAAAGUCAUCGAGGAGUCCAUCGAGAGGCUGGCCAAGAGGCACAUGUAUCACAUCCGGGCCUACGACCCUAAAGGCGGGCUGGACAAUGCCAGGCGCCUCACCGGUUGUCACGAAACCUCAAGCAUCGACGAGUUCUCCGCCGGCGUGGCCAACCGCGGGGCCAGCAUCCGCAUCCCGCGCUUGGUGGGCCAGGAGAAGAAGGGCUACUUUGAGGACCGCCGCCCGUCCGCCAACUGCGACCCGUACAUCGUGACCGAGGCGCUGGUGCGCACAUGUGUGCUGAAGGAGGACGUGGGCGAGCCCACAGACUACAGCAAAUGAACAGGAAGUGCAUUGUCAGUACUGUAGGAGCUUCUGUUUCCUUUUUUUACCAUUUGAGUUUUCACCUGACAGAUAGGAUGAUUGAGAAUUUCUUUGAGUUGUUUGGAGCAAAUGAUGCACAUUUGGGUUAUUUUCUUGUGUGAAGUUGUUAUUUUACAGCUUUUACUUCUGGUUUGUGUUGAACUUGUUUUAAAAGCGUGCAUCGGCAUUUUUCUGAACCCUUAGCAGCACUCACUCUAAAGUAGGGUUGGGCAAAAUCUUAUCGUGUGCAGUUAAUCAUCAGAAAAACAUUUGCCGGUUAUUUUUUGACUCUUGGCGAUAAAAAUGAUUAAUACCUCCGGGUGGACUGGCGUACAGGACCAGGAUGGUCUCCUCUUCUCUUUCCUCUUCUAAUCCAAAUAACGCUUGGCCAAAUUCCUCGAGUUGUCCUCCAUCUCUGCCUUUGAGCUCCUUAAUUCUGUCUGAAAUGGUUCUGAUUGGUCCAUCUCUGUCCUCAGCUCCACUAUGGGUGCAUCGAUUGCAGUUUCCUUUUUUUCUUAAACUCUGACCUGCUCAUUCUGAUUUUUAAAGCAACUAAUACUGUCAGUUGUUAUAAGAGCACAAUAAACCUUCAACGUUCCAAUCUUAUUUUAUUUAAAAAUGUUACCCUUGAAACAAUAAAACUUGUUUUAUCUUGAA